GAAGGCUGAGUGCUCCUAGGAGGGGCCCUGGUGUUUGGACUUCAGCAUCCCAUCAUCGAAAUUGUCCCUUCUCUACUUUGAGAGUGAAUUGGCAGAGUGCCCUCAUUAUGAACAGCAAGGUCUGGGAUUGCCCUGUGCAACAAGAUUUAAUCAGGAGGAGGCAAAGAAUGCAAAGAGCCAAUAAAUUGGAUUUAUUUUCUUUUCAAAUUGAAAAAGAUGAAAGGGGACUCGGAAUCCUUAUUCGUCUCUUCUAUGAUCCAGCCGACAAAGAUGAGAGGGAACCACUUGUCUUUAUCAUGGAAAUUGUCAAAGGAGGAGCAGCACAUAAAUCUGGAAAGUUCCAAGUAUUCGACCAGAUCAUUAAUGUCAAUGGCAUCAAUCUAGUAGGAUUAACCAAAGAGCAAAUUGACUCUGCUUUUAAAAGAAUGGGACAUAUUGUCUGGAUUCAAAUUGGACGAGAGUCACCUGGAAACAUGAAGCGAUUAAUCAAACACCUAAUGAAAGAGGAAGAAAGGAAAAGAGGUCUCCUCAAUUCAGCCCAAAACCAGGAAAGAGGUAAAACUACAAGAACCACCGAAAACGAAACCCUAAAUAAUGAAAUUUCAACUUUGGCAUCACUCUGGAGAACCAGAGAAAUUGAGUUCGAAAAAAGGGAACUAGUAAUAAAAAGUGCUCUAAGAAGGAAGGUCCAGAAAGAUGCUGAAUUCCUCAAAACAGCAUAUGCCACGAUAACAGAAGCUGAAGCUAAAUUAUCUGCAUAUGAAAAGAAAAACAUAAGUCAGAUGGACAUAGAGCCAAAGUUGGAAGAAAAAGAACAUCCACCCAUGAGCAUUUCUGAAGGAAAGAUAGAGACCCGUGAAUCUUCCAAGUUGGGUGCAAAAAAUAAGAGAACAUCACUGCUGGUAAAGGCUGCAAGAAGGUUUGCAAGAUGGUUCCGGUAAUACUUCUGUCGUGCCUUUUAAUAACCAAAUUAGAACUGAAUAAAUAAAAGUUUCUUCCUGCUUGGUUUUAAUUCUUCA